CUCGCGCUGUUUCGCACAGCACGUUGCACGACCGAACGCACGCAACUAACGGUUCACGGAAUCCAAAUACGAAAUUAUUUUAUUUUAAAUAUUUCAAAUAAAAACUUUUUUCUUUUCUUUUUUUCUAAAUGAACGCCAUUUGAUAACGUUCGAAUUUUAAACUUUCGAAUUAGAAAUUGAUUUUCUAUAAAAGUUGACUUUCGGGAUGUGUUGAUUUGAUUACAAUUGGUAAUUAAAUAAAAAGUAGUGUUGUUAUUAUUUUAAAUUGUUAAUAAGUGUUUGUGGUGGUGAUCAAAAUGGCGAAAGCUAUGGCAGUGCUUCAAGGGUUGGGCCACAAAGUAAGUGGCAAGGAACAGGAAUGCCGCACAUUGCAGGUCAACAUGCCAUCUCCGAGGCCUGUUGACAUAGAAUUUAACAACAUCACGCUUCAAGUCUCUGAGGGACUGACCUCAAGAAAAAAAAAGACGAUUUUAAAAGGUGUGUCUGGUUUGUUCAAAUCCGGUCAACUGACUGCCAUAAUGGGACCUUCGGGCGCCGGAAAAUCUUCCCUCAUGAACGCACUAACUGGUUUUUCGACUAAGGGCGUCACAGGGAGUAUACGUGCUGGAGAUAGCGUAUGUGAACUGAAGCCUAAAGGCUCACUAAGUUCCCUUAAAGCAUAUAGAAAGAAAUCUUGUUACAUAUUACAAGAUGAUAGACUGAACCCUUUAUUCACUGUGGCUGAGCUGAUGAAAUUCGCAGCUGACAUGAAACUAGGUGACACUCUAACAGAUAAAUUGAAACUGAGCGUGAUAAAUGAAAUAAUCAAUACACUAGGGUUAUCGGGAUCAGAAAACACAAGGUGUGCAAGUCUCUCUGGUGGACAGAAGAAACGAUUAUCGAUAGCAGUGGAACUGAUUGACAACCCUCCCGUACUUUUCUUAGAUGAACCAACUACUGGCCUGGACAGCAGCACAUCUGCGCAGUGCAUGCAACUUCUAAAGAACUUAGCAAGCAAUGGUCGGACGAUAGUCUGCACUAUUCACCAACCGCCUGCGUCCGUUUACUCGCUAUUUGAUCAAGUAUACAUGCUUGCAGAGGGCAUGUGUAUUUAUCACGGAGCCAGUGAAAACACGGUCCCUUACCUUGCUUCAGUGGGGCUACAGUGCCCGAUGUACCACAAUCCUGCUGAUUACAUUCUAGAAAUUGCAACCGGAGAGUAUGGGAAAUUCAACGAGUUCUUGGCGGAGAAGUGUUCGAACCAUAUAUGGGCGGAGAAACCAGCAAUCCUACCGGUACCCGACAGAAUCAGCGAAGUGAUAUCUUUAGGAAAAACAUCGGUUAUCAUCAAUCCACCGCAUGAAUUAUACAAAUUCGGAAAAUUAUUUAGGCGGUGCGUCUUACAACAGUAUAGAGAUUGGACUGUCUCCCACCUCAAGCUGUUCAUGCACAUGGUGAUUGGUGUGCUCCUUGGGUUGCUCUACGAAAAAGCUGGUAGUGAUGGAUCGAAGACCGUCAGUAAUUUAAGCUUCCUUCUCGUCAGCACUGUAUACCUUUGCUACACGUCACUCAUGCCUGCUGUACUGAAAAUACCAACCGAGAUGUCAGUUCUGAAAAAAGAGAACUUCAACAACUGGUACAAUCUUAAAACGUACUAUGCAGCGCUGCUUGUCACCGGUAUGCCCCUGCAGAUCAUCUACAGCUUUGUGUAUUCAGUACCAUCAUACUUCCUAUCUGGACAACCGGCAGAACCAUACCGGUUUAUCAUGUUUGUCAUAGCACUUGCCAACGUGGCACUCCUUGCCGAAGCCAUGGGCAACGUCAUCGGAACAUGCUUCAACCCUGUGAAUGGAACUUUCCUAGGAGCGAUAUGGACUUGUGCAAUGAUCGUAUACGCAGGGUACCUGGUCCUCCUAGCGCAUAUGAACACAGUGAUGCGAGCUGUAUCACAUGCUUCGUUCCUAAGAUACGCCUUCGAAGCUCUAGUAUUGGCUAUUUACUCCAAUGGACGGCAGCCCCUAAACUGCCCCGAGGAUAUUACGUAUUGUCAUUUGAAACAUCCAAAGACAGUCAUCACUGAAUUCAGCCUCAAGCCGGACAACUAUUGGAUCGACAUUUGGAUUCUAGUUGGAGAACUUGUCUUCGUCAGGAUAUUGGCAUACUUCACAUUGAAGAGAAGUGUAAAAACGUCUACAUAAAUUAGUUAAAAUUAUUAUUCAUACUAUGAUAUUAAGUACUUUAAAGUACUUUUGAACAAUGAUAUAACAUAGGUACCGGUUAUUUUAAUACCACAUACAUGACAAUUAAUGUAAAUACUAAGACUAACUUACAAUACUACAAAGUAUGAGAUACUAAGGUACCUUCUACAAGUUUCCUUAGUUCUUUAAAGCUUAGAGACAUAAUGACACAUGUAUCAACUUUAUGCCCCCGGAAAUAAAGUUGUAACCGGUUUAACCGGGUAAUUAAUGUUAAUGUUAUUUUAUUUAAAGUUGGUCCUUUGAGCACCAAGUUGAAAUUAAGGACCAAUUCUUUUUGGGCACAUAUUUUUAGUAAGUGGUGGAAGAAAUAUGUUUCGAAUAUGAGUGAUAAAAUGUAUUUGUACAAGUAGGUAACUACAUCAUGACUGAUUUGAUAAAAAUAUAGGUGCAAUGGCUUAGUACGUAGGAAAGGCCAGUAAGUAAAAUGCUUAUUGCUAUAAUACCUACUUAAAGUGAGCCCCAUUAUGGUCUCAUGGUUGUAUCAUUGCUAUAUUCUUGCUAGGUAUAUACCUAGCCUAUUUAUUACCUAAAUGGUACACACCCACACUGAUGUUUACCCAUACAAAAUAAUUACCAUACAGUUACCAAUAUUAUAUAAUUAGGUACCACUGUUAUUUAAUGGCUUUUAUUUGAACAUGUUUCAAACAGCUGUGCAGACAUUGUAAUUGCCUUAAAUCGUACACCUAAGUCAUUUUAGGGUUAUUGGUGAAGUGGGAAUCAUUGAUUAAAUAUUAAAUAAGUUAUCAAAAUAUUAUUAAAUAAGUAAUUAUUUUUAUAAAAGCAUUUAUUGAUUCAUAGCAGAAAUGCAUUCGGUCCGCGUUUUGUUCCUUUAUGGAAUGUAAUAAGGUAGAUAUUUAAAUAGGUUUCAUUUUCCUACAUUUGGGUGUAUUAAAACUUAAAUCUAUAGCAACAGCACCUACAUACUACAUAUAGAUAAGUUUAUGAAAGAACACAGCUAGACUAUUUUAUAAUUUUCAAUUCGAUUCAAGUGAAUUAGAGUCCGCCAUGUCAUUGGUUAUGAGAAUAUUCUCGACCAAUGACAAGCGAGAAUGCGAUCAAGCUCAAUUCGAAAAUUUGAAUUGACAGUUACAAAAAAAAUAGCCAGCAGAUAACGAUGGUUUAUAUUAUAACUUUCGUGGGACACACUUUAGCUUAAUAACGUAACUGUUUGACGAGAAACUCGACUUGUUUCAAGCCAUGCUACAGGCUCAUAUUGAUAUAUGAGCCUGUAGCAUGGCUAGAGUGAUCUCUAGCACGGCUUGAAACUAGUCUAGUUCCUCGUCAAACAGUUACGUGAGUAAGUCGAAAACAUAAUAAUUAAUUCCGAUAGGAAUUUGUAACAUUAAUGUUUCGAACAUUAAAAUCGGACAGCAAUUACAAUUUUCACACAUAGCCAUAAGUAGAUAAGUAUACCUAAGUAGGUAAAAAGGUGUGAUUAAAUGGAUCUGGUUAGUGUUAAGUAGCAAGUAUUAAUUAAUAAGAAAUUAGUUACCACUACAUUGUCUUAAAAUAAUAUGAGCAAGUUGUAACUCCUGUGAUAAGUUGUCUUUUAGAUUAUAAGUACGUGUCAGUACUUAAAUUAUGUCUCUCGAAGUGAAUUUCAAGUGUUUUUGGAAACGCGAAUACGGAGGGAAAAUAUAUUUAUUCAGUAGGUAUGUUUGUAUUAAGGUAUCUAAAGUGCCUUACUUAGAAGUUAGACUAAUAUCACUAAAUGUUACCAACAAUUGUUUUGUUUUUAUAAGAACUAUCGUGAGCCAUACUGAAUUAAUUAAAAAUAACGGUUCACUCCCUGA